AAACGAAAGUUAGAUUUCAAUUAUACCAAAUACAACUCGUCUUGUGUCUUUUGUUAAAACCCCGUUUUGUUUUCCGAUUCUCUCCUCUAUCUACAGAUUUCGAAAUCGCCGAUCGCCGAUUAGGUAUCGUCCGACGAUUCAUUUCUUCGUCCAAUUUCGCAGGCGAACGAACGAUCGAUCCUGUCGUCCGUUUUUGGUGAAUUGGAACCCAUAAGAGGGUAGAAUUGGAAAAGAAUCUGCAUGAACUGGUUGGGAAAACUGGGUUACUAUUUCCUGUCAUCGAAUUCGAACCACUUCUUAACCCGAUUGUUGAUAUUUUUUCUUCAUUAUUCUCCUCAAUUGCCUCCUUGUCUUUCUAAUUUUGAUAAUACAGCAUUUGAUUUUUAUUCUUCUUCUUCCUCAUCACCAACAAUUAGCGGUAAUUUAGAUCCUAAUUGUAAUUUUAAUCAUCGAAUUCGAUCAUCAUUGAAUUAUGGAUUCUGGAUUCAGGAGUAAUCGCCCUCAAUUGCGUAGAGCUCCUUGUUAUUCAGAUGAUGGGAGGAGGCAGGCAUCCUCGCCAUCAGUUAUAGUGAUAGGUGGUGGUAUUGCGGGAAUUUCAGCAGCUCGUGCUCUUCACGAUGCUUCAUUUCAGGUUGUUUUGUUGGAAUCUCGCGACAGACUUGGUGGUCGGGUGCAUACAGAUUUCUCAUUUGGUUUUCCUGUUGACCUGGGUGCAUCAUGGUUGCAUGGUGUCUGCAAGGAGAAUCCCUUGGCCCCAUUGAUUGGGAGGCUGGGACUACCCUUAUACCGAACUAGUGGUGAUAAUUCUGUGUUGUAUGACCACGAUCUUGAAAGCUAUGCACUCUUUGAUAUGGAUGGGAAACAGGUUCCUCAAGGAUUGGUCACUAAGGUUGGCGAAACAUUUGAAAGCAUCUUAAAAGAGACAGAGAAAGUAAGACUCGAGCAUAAAGAAGACAUGUCCAUACUCAGUGCUUUCUCAAUUGUUUUUGAACGAAGACCAGAUUUAAGGUUGGAGGGGCUUGCACAUAAAGUUCUUCAAUGGUACUUGUGUAGAAUGGAAGGCUGGUUUGCUGCAGAUGCUGAGACCAUAUCGCUUAAGAGUUGGGAUCAGGAAGAGCUGCUUCCUGGUGGGCAUGGACUUAUGGUGAGAGGCUACCUUCCUGUUGUAAACACUCUUGCCAAAGGACUUGAUAUCCGCUUGGGCCAUAGGGUAACAAAAAUUGACAGGCGUUAUAACGGUGUGAAAGUAACUACUGAAAAUGGGAGGACAUUCAUAGCAGAUGCUGCUAUUGUUGCCAUUCCUCUUGGAGUGCUGAAAUCCAAGACCAUGGUUUUUGAGCCUAAACUUCCAGAUUGGAAGGAAGAAGCUAUUGAUGAGCUGGGAGUGGGAAUUGAGAAUAAGAUUGCGAUGCACUUUGACAAGGUGUUUUGGCCAAAUGUAGAGUUCUUGGGAGUGGUUGCAGAGACAUCUUAUGGCUGCAGCUACUUCCUGAAUCUUCACAAGGCCACUGGUCAUUCUGUUCUUGUUUACAUGCCUGCUGGACAGCUGGCCAAAGAUAUUGAGAAAAUGUCUGAUGAAGCUGCUGCCAAUUUUGCUUUCAUGCAACUCAAGAAGAUCCUACCUGAAGCUUCUGCUCCGAUUCAGUAUCUUGUUUCUCGGUGGGGCUCAGAUACCAACUCACUUGGUUCCUAUAGCUACGAUACAGUAGGAAAAUCCCAUGAUCUGUAUGAAAGGCUAAGGAUCCCAGUGGAUAACCUAUUCUUUGCAGGAGAGGCAACAAGCACGAGAUACCCAGGGUCAGUGCAUGGUGCAUUUGCUACUGGACUUAUGGCUGCAGAAGGUUGCAGGAUGCGUGUUCUCGAGCGCUAUGGGGAGUUGGAUUUAUUCCAGCCAGUCAUGGGUGAGGAGGCAUCAGUGUCUGUACCCCUCUUGAUCUCUCGAAUGUAAGUUGCUGGGGUGGGUGGCUCUGCUCUAAGGUAACAUUAAGUACGUAGAUAUGUUAACAUGGGAUUUUGCUGACACAUUAUUGCCAGUUUGGUGGGGCGAUCAAGAGAUUCCUGUGGAAAUUCCUUGAGGUUAAUCAAUGGGCAUCGGUUAAUGUUUAGUCUCCUGUGUAGCAUAGAUUGGCUUUUAGUACUGGACACACGGAACAUAUUUAUAUUUCUGGAAAAGCUAGUUGAUAGACUUGCCGCUAUAAUAAUAAUGUCUUUUUCCUAAUACAA